AGCAGCAUAGAUGCACUGCAGUGAAGGUACGAACUGUUCGCUCAGAAGUCAGUACGAAUUUCGUCCCAUUUGGGGAUCUUGGCAAACGGGGUUGUAUUGUGGGUUGUUCUUUUACCGCCCAUAGAAAAAUGGAUAACAUCCUUCGACGAUCUGCUUGCGACCUCAACAAUCUUUUUAAAUGUGGCUUAUGUUCCGGUUACUUGGUGGACGCAACCGCACUGCCAGAGUGCGCACAUAUUUUUUGCAAGUCGUGUAUAGUCAACCAUUUUACUCGGCACCCGGAAGGGCCUGCUUUAUGUCCCAGGUCGGAUUGUGGAGCUGAGAUUCAUAAAACAAGACCUUUUUCCAAAAUCAAAAAUGAUCGGACACUGCAAACGCUUUUGUACAAGCUUUUUCCGGAGGUUUACGAAGAUGAGAUGGCUCGUCGGAAGGUUUUCUGGCACAGGAAUUCACACGAAAUGUCCUUCUUCGAGACCAUGGGCAAGUCAGCAACAAAUGAGGAUAUGGGUACUCCCGAGUUGCUUCACUGUUUGCCGCAUGAGGUACCGGGCGCAGCUCUCAUGAAACUGGUAUAUGACGCCGCGUUUGGAGAUUUCGCCGAUUUGACUGCAGAGCUAAAGGAAAAAGGGGAUGUGGCCAAAAAGAAACCAAUUUUUUACCAUGUUGCGACUGCUACUUACGUUAGCGACGUUCGGCUCCUUAUAUCUCAGACGUACCGCCUUGAUCCUUCAUUUGUUUUCCUUAUUCAUUCCCAGAUAAUACUGAAUCCGGAUCUUAGGAUAUCCGACAUCUACCGUUUUUAUGGACAGAAAGCAGAGAAGUAUCUCAAAAUCGGGUUUAUUUUUCUCGAUGUCAUGACCUAUCCUGAUCAGAUCAGCCAGGAAGCCGCCAUUAUUCGCAUUAUGCGAAAGAAGCCAUGGAAUCCUCCAGUAGCCGUUUCGCGCGCGAAACCUGCCGAAACGGAGCCUUCUCUGCCGUCACCGGUGGAGAGUCCCGUUGAUCAACCGGCGCCAGUAACUGCGUCGGAUAGGCCACCAACGGAUUCCGCGAUAGCAAUAAGCGCCGAUUCUCCUCCGAACGAACCACAAGUAUCAUCGUCUCCAGUUCGCAUAAAGAAAAAAGCGGAAAAACUUCACGGAAUAUUAUCCGCAAAAAGAAAUCGAUGUAAUAAGCCUAAACAGGUUUCUACACCUACUGAUGAAGCGUCUUUGGAGGAAUUUCCUGUGGCUGCCAUAAAGACUUUAGCGGGUCCCAAGACUCUCGGUGAUGAUAAAAGCUUUGCUCAGUUAAAACAGUUACUCCCGGAAAUGCCGCAUGUGUCGGUUGAGGCGUUCUACCGCAUUAACGGAACAUACGAGUUCUUCACGAAAAAAAUGAAAAGAAAGAAAGCCAAUCCCGAAGGCGUGAUUCCGCUUGUUAGCGGUAAACUGAAGCGGAAGCGCUCCAAGAAGAAUGUUGAUGUGGACAUGUCGUCACCAAUUGCCUACACACUUUCCUUGAAUUCGGAAUUUUCCGCGGAUGAGCAAGCGCUUUUGCUAUCGCGUUUGCAGAUUUUGACCGGCAAGAACACAGCCGACAGCAUUCUCCUGUUGCAGCGUAUCAGGUCGGCCGCCGAUUCCCUGGACGCCGGAGAAAUUGGGGGGAAUGGUAUACAGAUCGAUGGUACUCAGACGGAUAGCGUUAUCCUUGACCGGAAUAGAGCGGGAAGAGCCAUUCGUAUUGAGGUGAAGAAGCCGCGGAAAGCAAAAGGUGAAGCACGACCCAGGAAAAGGAAGUGUAAAGGGCAAUUACAGACUGGUGACAACGGCCUUGCGGCUGUUUUCACAAAUGGCGACGGGGAUCACACUUAUGCCAAAAAUCCGGACGAGGAGUGUCCAACUCAGAAUGGUUCACUCGACCACCUAUUAAAUGGAAGUUUAGAGUUGGCUGUCAGUACAGCCAGUAUGGCGCAGCCUGUUCCGUUCCCGUCCCUUCAAACAUCUGUUGCUCAGCUAGCUCAACUGGUUGCCAGAACGCCUUCUGAAGCCGCUUCGUUGGUGCCGCCAUUUCUUUUCCCGGAGAACAUGACUGUCAGCCCGGCAGCGCACACCGAGCAGUUUGUGCCAAAGAUUUAUGACGCGGUGGCUGGUAAAUACAAAUCGCCAGUAAUACCAAAAGAGCGGCCAUUAACAAAUGGACGUCCACGCAAAAUGAAGUCGUGGGGUCCAAGCACGCCUCGCUUAAUUAAACCCAAACCCGCCAGUGAACCGCUGCGACCCGAAGAAACUUCACAGCGAAAUGGAUCCAGCGUUUCCAGUAACAGCCGGCAUUCUAGCAGCUCUUCACCUGGUUUUCCAUUUAUCGAACAAAAAUCGGACUGCACAUUUGUUCAGAUGCCCCCGGAAGUCUUGGCUCAGAUUUUAUCAAACACUCGGAAUUCUUCGACAGUGGACAUUUUCCGAGGAGACUUUAUUAAGGUCCAAAAAUGAUUCCGUUUGGUUUAUAUUUAUUCGUUACGAGUUUAAUGGUGCCGAGGGGGGGGUUCGUUUUUGAUUUUUGAGUGUUCUGUUCGUUUUCGGUUUACCUGAAUAAUGUGCAAUGUGCCGUUUCAAGCGUUGCUGUAUGCGCUUUUUUAAUGUUUGAUUAUAUAUAUAUGAUAUAAUAUAUAUAACAUGUAUUGUACAUGUAUUUACGAGAUAUUCUGGGCGAUUUUUGUUGGGUGAGACUUUCGAGUUAUGGUUUGUGUGCCGUGCAAAAUGAUUGUUUUCGCUUAUAUAUUUGUGAUUGAACCUUUCCUAUUCUCUAAUGUGGAUCUCUAGUUUGGCGUUUAGUAGUACGUAUAUUCUCAUUUCAUUUGAGUUUUUGUUGUGCUGUAUGAACCUCCUUGGGCUUUUGUGUGAGAAUCCGUUUCAAUAAACGAUUCAUAAAUGUUUAAUCACAUAAUGUAGUAAAUUUCAGAUG